AUGCUGGCCUUACAAAAAUCCAACGAAUUGAGUGGAACAGUCGCUCUAUCCUUACACUUUGUGUUCUGGUCCGAUCUCUUUUCUGACCAACCUCAUGCUGGCCUUGUUACAUUUCGAAGCUCACCACUGUCCGUUUUUGGAUUAGGGGUUUCUGUUGGGUACUUCUGUGCGGAUCUAGGAAUGCUAUUAUGGCUAUACCCUUCUUUAGGUGGAAUGGAAUAUGUUUUCCAUCACUCACUUUCUGGAAUUGCAGUAGCUUACUCCAUGUUUUCUGGAGAAGGGCAACUUUAUACAUACAUGAUCCUCAUCUCUGAGAUCACUACUCCAGAGAUCAAUAUGAGAUGGUAUCUUGAUACAGCUGGUAUGAAGAGGUCCAGCGCAUAUCUCAUAAACGGCAUUGUGAUAUUUUUGUCAUGGCUGGCUGCAAGAAUUCUGCUGUUUGGUUACAUGUUUUACCAUGUUUACUUGCACUAUGAUCAGGUCAUCCAGAUGCACACUUUUGGAUAUCUGCUGGUCUUUGUUGUGCCAUCAGUGCUAGCAAUAAUGAACUUGAUGUGGUUUGGAAAGAUUAUCAAGGGAUUGAUCAAGCAAUUAGCCAAGAUGCAAUGA